AUGGCCAAGUUAAUCAGCGGAAGUGAAUACUCGCAGAAAGUGCUACAAGAGGUGGCCGAGAAAUUGAAAGAAACGAAAGAGAAAAAUCCGACUUUUCAAGCUUGUUUAGCGAUUGUACAGGUGGGAAAUAGAUCCGACUCAAAUGUCUACAUUGGGGCAAAACUGAAAAAAGCCGCUGAAAUUGGAGCUGAAGGUAAACUGAUCAAAUUGCCCGAAACGAUUACCCAAGGAGAGUUGGAGGCUGAGAUCGACAAGUUGAACAACGAUGACAAUGUUGAUGGGAUUAUUGUUCAGCUACCACUUGAUACCGUAAAUGAAAUUGAUGCCGAUUCCGUUGUGGACAGGAUUCAUCCAUUGAAAGAUGUCGAUGGAUUGACUCGUGAAAACGCUGGAAGACUUUUUCGAGGCGAGCUCGACAAGACGAUUUUCCCGUGUACUCCAUUUGGCUGUCUCUACUUGGUUCAACAAGUCACUGGUGAUUUGAAUUUUGUUGCCGGGAAAAACGUGGUUGUGUUAGGGAGAUCGAAAAUUGUUGGCUCACCAGCAGCUUCGUUGUUCAUGUGGCAUCACGGUACUACCACAAUUUGCCAUUCGAAAACACAAAACGUUAAAGAACAAUGUUUAAAAGCGGACAUUUUGAUCGUAGCUAUUGGAAGAAAACAUUAUGUUAAAGGUGAUUGGAUAAAGCCGGGAGCUGUGGUGAUCGAUUGUGGAAUCAAUGUUGAAGAGGCCACUGAACCCGGGAAGAAGAAUCGACUUUUUGGUGAUGUGGACACAGAGGCGGCUAAACAGGUUGCUGGCUACAUAACGCCAGUCCCUGGUGGAGUUGGUCCGAUGACAGUAGCGAUGUUAAUCCGAAACACUGUUGAGCAAGCGAUUAGAAGGAAAUUAAGUGGAGGACAGGGAGGAAACUGGCCGAUUACUUAUCUCAAGCCAAAACUCGUCACCCCAGUUCCAUCAGAUAUUGCUGUCUCUCGAAGUCAAGUUCCAAAAAAUAUUGAUAUGCUAGCUAAAGAAGUUGGAAUCUUACACAGCGAGUUGGACUUGUUUGGGAAAAAGAAAGCUAAAGUUUCACUUGAUAUUAUUAAACGUUUACAACAUGUGAAAGAUGGACGAUAUGUUGUAGUAACUGGAAUCACUCCUACACCUCUUGGUGAGGGGAAAUCCACCACAACAAUCGGUCUUGUUCAAGCUUUGGGUGCUCAUCUGAAAAAGAAUGUCUUUGCUUGUGUGAGACAACCAUCUCAAGGCCCAACUUUUGGAAUCAAAGGUGGAGCUGCUGGUGGAGGAUAUUCACAGGUUAUCCCUAUGGAAGAGUUCAACUUGCAUUUAACUGGUGACAUUCACGCAAUCACUGCCGCCAAUAACCUCUUGGCUGCUGCCAUUGAUGCUCGAAUGUUCCACGAAGCUACUCAACAAGAUGAUGCGCUUUUUAAUCGAUUGUGUCCACAGAAUAAGCAAGGAGUUCGAGUCUUGUCAGCUGUUCAAAAGCGUCGUCUUUCUCGACUCGGUUUCCCGGUUGUUGACGAUGGAAAUUUGUUGACAUCAGAACAGAAAGCAAAAUUCGCUCGAUUGGAUAUUGAUGUUUCGACGAUUACCUGGAAUCGUGUUAUGGAUGUGAAUGAUAGAUUUCUCCGUGGCAUUGAGGUUGGCUUGGGUUCUCAAGAGAAGGGGCACACUAGAAAAACCCAAUUCGACAUUACGGUGGCUAGUGAGAUCAUGGCCAUUCUGGCACUCACAACUUCAUUGAGCGAUUUGAGAGACAGAAUUUCGAAAAUUGUGAUUGCUUCGGAUAAACAAGGUCAACCAGUGACUGCUGAUGAUAUUGGAAUCACUGAUGCAUUGACGGUCUUGAUGAGGGAUACAGUUCGACCGAAUCUCAUGCAAACACUUGAAGGAACCCCUGUCUUUGUUCAUGCUGGUCCAUUUGCUAAUAUUGCGCACGGACAAAGCAGUAUUCUGGCUGAUAAGGUUGCUCUCAAACUUGUCGGUGAAAAUGGAUUCGUGAUUACGGAGGCUGGUUUCGGAGCUGACAUCGGAAUGGAGAAGUUCUUCGAUAUUAAGUGCAGAUACUCUGGACUUUUGCCUAGCGCUGUGGUUCUCGUGGCAACCGUUCGAGCGCUCAAGAUGCAUGGUGGUGGACCGGCUGUGGUUGCAGGAGCUCCACUCAAACACGAGUAUCUCGACGAGAACAUCGAGCUAGUCACUAAAGGAUGCGAUUCGAAUUUGAGAAAACAAAUUGAAAACGCGAACAAAUUCGGAGUCCCUGUCGUCGUUUGUGUAAACCGAUUCUCCACUGAUACGGCUAAUGAGUUAGAGAUUGUUGUGGAGAAAGCAAAAUCGUAUGGUGCUCAAAACGCUGUAGUUUCCGAGCAUUGGGCAAAAGGAGGAGCUGGAGCCAUUCAAUUGGCAAACGCUGUAGUUGAAGCGACGAGCGAGAAGAGUAAUUUCAAAUUCCUGUACCCAUUGGACUUGGGUUUAGAGGAGAAAAUCGCAACGAUCGCCCGUGAAAUCUACGGAGCUGACGGAAUCGAGUUGAGUGAAGCAGCUAAAGAGAAAAUUGAGCGUUAUACACGACAAGGUUUCUCAAAACUUCCAAUUUGUAUGGCAAAAACGCAUCUUUCGCUUUCCCACGAUCCGACAAAGAAAGGAGCUCCUACUGGCUUCAUCCUGCCAAUCCGUGAUGUUCGAGCCUCGGUCGGCGCCGGUUUUAUCUAUCCAUUAGUUGGUGAAAUGACGACAAUGCCUGGAUUAUCAACUCGUCCAUGCUUCUUCGAUAUCACCAUUGAUCCAGAAACCGAACAAAUUGAUGGACUUUUC